ACAGCGAGUCUAUAAAACCAAAUAUUUUGCCGACAUAGCCUAUUCAGAUUAAUUUUAAACCUCCCGUAAUUAUUGUUUAAAGCCUUGAGAAGUGCACCUGAGAGCGCGGCCGUGAACCUGCGAUUUGCUUUUUAUGCAUCUCAGCAGCUUUAUUUGUUUCGUCUCAAGAAUUGACUGAGUGACAGCUUAAUAGCCAGUGCAAUUAAACGUGAUUUAUAAAAAAUUAAUUAUCUCGGAAGAAGGAUCAGCACUGCGGCUACUGCAAGUGCAAAGAGGCGAUGAAGUAAUCCUGAGAAGCAGCAGCUUCAAUUUUUGUCUCAAGAUCGCCGCCGCCAACAAAAACAAAAAUUGCGACUAGAAGAAAAAUCAAAACUGCUACAAUAUGAAGUGGAUUUUUGUUGCAUCCAUCGCCGUCCUUGUGUACCAAAUUUCUGCAGCUGAUGGUGAAGAGUUAGAGGUGAAUCCAGACUUCCGUAGUGUCACCCUUCAAUGGGGAAGCGACCCCGAGAUUGCAGGAAAAAUUGAAUCGGUGGAGAGGGUUGGAAAAGUACUUAUCUCCUACUGUGAGCUCCAGACUUGGGGAACCCAAAGAUGCAGAGAAAAGGCUGUGAAAGCAACUCGUGCGGGCCGAAUGUUCACGGCUCAACUGAGCGGUCUGCGAAUGGCCACAAAAUACACAUUCCGUUUAAUUCCCGACCCUGAAGAAGCGCGGACCAUGCAAGAUGAGAUUCCUCUGCCAUCAGACAGUGUCACUGCCCAAACCAAAGGGUUUUCUGCAAAGGCGACGCAAUGUCUUGCCAAUAGCACAGAGGUUGAAGUGGACACUGGACCGUAUUUCGGAGGAAGAAUUUCCGUGGAGAGUCUGGGAGGUCAGCCUGGAGAAAUAUCACCUGCUUCCGAAGAUGAAUCUUCCUCGUGCUCAGUUUGGGGCAACCCACGCAGUCCUCAGAGCACCUACAAAUUACGUUUCGACCACAACAUUUGCGGCGGCACCAAAGCCCUCAACGAGUCUGCAGUGGCCACAUUUCUGCUUGUCCAGGAAAACCUGCCCAUUCUGACCCACAGCACCCGACGCUUUUUGGUCCUCUGCACUGCCCAGCCUGACACAUUGACUGUCUCAGCAGGAAUAAGUCUUCCUGGAGGAGUUCAGUCGCACGCCCAAGGGGACAACAGCGUGGGAACAGGAGAAGCGGAACCCCAGUGGCGAGGGGCGCGACUCCUCAGAAAUCCUGCCAUUCCUCCAGCCCUGAUGCGCCACUCGAGCGCCCUGCAAGCGCAGAUCCAACUUCCAUAUCAAGCUAGGCUCUCAGGAUCGUCUGGUGCCCAGUUGGUUCUGAUGUUGGCCCUAGUGAGCACUGUGGCUAUUGGAAGCGGAUUUGCAGCCUGGUGGGUUGUCCGGCGGCACAGGCAAAUCACAGCAGCCAAUGCAAUUGCAAGAAGAAACCUAGACGCCUGCUCAGCCACUGCAGUUUCAAUGAGCCGAUCGACUAGCUUUACCAACGAUGACUUGGACGACCUGUCCAUCAGCAGUUACGAUCAAUUUGCGACUCGUCGAAGCAUCAACAGUGAAUUGAGCGAAGCCUCCUCAGCCAUCAGGGGAGACACAACUUCCUGCAGCUCCUUGGACACAGACACAAGUUCUGGAUCUCUGACCAGCCACCUCUAUGGCUCCUCUUCAAAUCAGCAGUCUCCAAUCUACUCCGUUGUGAUUCGCAACGUCGACGACCAAUCUUCCGAUGCCUGAUUUGCCUCUAAUUCUUGAGGUUGUGGGUUUGGGUUUUAUACUUAAUUUUUGUAAAUAAAAGGAUGCGCUUAUUAAGGUGCAAACUUACGGAAUAAAAUUAUUUAUAUACAAAUGUGAGAAGUU